AUGUUCAUAUUUGAAUUUCAAUGUCAGGUGGAGGUGCUCUGGAGCUCGGGCUUGCAGCCAUUGCCGCCACUCAAGCAGCACAUGCUGAAGGGCAGAAAGCUGUGCGAAUUUUCAACGCAUCGACAGCCUUGGAGCAACGAGGCGGAGAGGGUUGCUGUCCUGGAAGAGAAGCACGCGAGAGGAGGAGCAGCUCGAAGUGUUCGCAACGUGCGCAAGGAGAGGGUUCGGGUGGAGAGGCGAGCAGCAGCACGGAAAGCUGCAGGCGAGGCAGCUGUGGAAGCUGCCGCGAAGGCGCUGCAAGGGCUGGUGAUAGGAGGGCUGGUAGGUGAGGGGGGUGGGAGGGAAGGGCCGUCCGUUGAAGUGCGUGAGGAACAUGCAGUGGGGAAAUCAGGUGCUGUUGAGAAUGAUGCAGCUGCAGGGAGAGAGGAACGGGCAGCUGAAGAGGCGAGAGCAGCUGAAGAGGCGAGAGCAGCUGAAGAGGCGAGAGCAGCUGAAGAGGCGAGAGAAGCUGAAGCGGCGAGAGCAGCUGAAGCGGAGAGAGCGGCUGAAACAGCAGCAACAGCCAUGCAGAGACUGGCGAUACGAGGAGGCGUGGAUGGUGCAGGUGGGGUGACUGGGACCAAUGGUCGAGGCGACGAAGCUGGAAAAGCAGCGAUGCAACGACUGGCUAUACAAGGGGGGGUGGGUAGUGCAGCUCAAAUGAAUGGGCCCAAGGGUCGAGGCAAAAAAACAAGAAAUGGACAAAGUAUGAGAAGCUUCCCUCAGAGCAGCAACGAGAAUGAGAGAGAGGAGAGCUCAAGGAGCCAAGAGCCUGUGACUAUCAUAAGAGAUGCGAGGGACCAGGAGAUACCGAAGCAGGAGAGGGGACGCUUGGGGAAUGAGAAGGGUCGGGGAGCUGAUCCAGUGGCAGGGAAUGGCAGGCGUGUGGAGUAUGGCACGGGUGCGAUGGGUGGGGUUGGUCCUGUCGAGUCUGGCAGGGAUGUGAUGGGUGGGGGCGGUCCGGUGGAGGCGACUGUGCUGACAUACCACAAGCAGCCAAUGGGAGAGGUGAAGGAAGGGAGGAAAGGGCACAAGUGCACCCACCAUGCACUCCGAGACGAGUGCGCCCGCAUGGCAAGGGAAGCGGGAUUCGCCGUUCAGGUUGAUACGGCCCUUUGCACAUUCGGCAUCCAGGUGGAGGGCGUGAAGGCGGAUCUCUCCAUUCAGCACCCGGAUUCGGGAGCGGUGUGGCUGUGCUACGUGACCGUCACUGACCCGCUGUCACCUCAAGACCCAACAGCAAGGCGGGCCGUGGGUCGGUCCGCAUCCGCAGCAGCACGGUCCGAGGAGCACACGCACGGAAACCGCGCGGGGCAGGUCGGGUUCCUAGAGAUGGAGGUGGAGAUGUAUGGGGGUUGCUCCCCCGGUGUGCUCGAAUUCCUCCGCCUCUGCGCCAACCUGAGGGCGAAGCGGCUGAACAACGCUGGGCCCGCGCGCCCUAGCAAAUGCGCUCAUGGGCAAGUCCCUGUCGGCCUGUGGGCCGGGGCAGCCCCUGCAGCCUACCAGGAGGAGCCUCUUAGCCUCGGGGAUCUCAUGCAAGUUAUCGAGCCGUGGUAUUAG